UACACUCACAGCUCACAAGAGUCAAUUUCCCGGGAAAAUCUCUCACAAAGGAAAUGCCGGCGAUGUCAGUGACCGACUCACUUCUUCAUCCUGCCAGUUUUGUGGACCGAUUAAAAACUCAGCUUUUCAGAAAGAGUUUUCUACAUUUUAAGUACAAUCUAGAUUUGCCACCAGUCUUAUUAUUUGAAGAGAAGAAGAGGCACAUUUAAGGAAAAUCAAGAAUGUAUGGUCGAUUUUAAGAACCGAAAUGGUUGGAUUCAUUUUGCAGGUAUUGGUGGUUGUGGAUUGUCUGCUCUCGCCAUGCUUGCUCUCGAACAAGGAAAAGCAAAACAACUAGUAUGCUUGCUUAUGUUUUGAAGGCAAUGGGAGAUGAUCUCACAGCUGUAGUUGGAGCACAUGUGCCAAAGUUUCCAGACGGAAAUAUAAUUCAGGUGGUGGCCAUAAUUUUGUACUGGAGAUCUGAUUCCAUUUCUUUCCAACUUUCCUAAUGGAAUAAACUUUAUAUGAACAGGUAGGCCAAUGAAUAUGAUGGCUGUUUCCUGGGCUUGUCACCACAUGUAGCUAUUGUAACAAAUCUGGACUGGGAGCAUGUUGAUUCUUUCAAGUUGAGGUUUGGUAAUUGAUUUGUUCUUUUUGCAUGGCAAACUAGGAAUUAGAACUUGUAUAUAAAUUUAUUUCAACAUAAAUAUUUGUUGGUUUAUUAAACCUUUUUCCUUAUAAAUUUGGAGGUUGUCAAAAGUAUUUUCAAACAGUUCCUGAAGCAAAUCGAGAAGGGUGGAUAUCUCAUUAUUUGUGGGGAUAGGUGUUUUUUUUCUCUCCUAAUAUACCAUAAGAUGAGUUGGAGUAGAAUGUUCUUGCUGGAAUAUGUUGUAUGCUAUUCAUAUGUAAAGAAAAGUUUGUUUCUUUUUUCAAACACAUGGUCUCACAAUGGAAAAUAGCAUAGUCAGAGAGUAAAAUGUUCUUGUUGGAGUAUGUUAUUUAUAUGUAAAGAAAAGACUGUGUUUUUUAUUACAUACCCACACAUUAGAAAAGAAUCGAGUUGGAGACUGGUGUAUAAGCAAAAACUCCUCCAAAAAUGUGGUAACAAGGAAGCUAAAUACAUGAGACCAAAUUGUUGUCUAGUUUCAGAAAUUGAUUAAAAAACCUAGUAACCAAUUAUACCACAUGCAUAAAUUUGAUUUCCUCUGUUUGAUCUCAAAAUUUGCAAUUGGUCCUGAUGUUAUAGCUCUUGGAUGUUUACUGAUACUGCUUUAUUUCUUCAGAUCCUGCAUUUUAUACUUGACAAGGCCUUUUUUCAGCUGUAUGAUGCCUAUAGAUUAUGAUUAUUGAAUUCUUUUGGGAAGGAAAGUGCAGUGUAGGUGCACAUUCCUUGCUGAAUGGAAUGAAACAGGUUUCUGGAUCAGAGUGUUCUUGUGGUCGGCCAUCAGAUCCUAGUUCCGAUCUUUGUGGUAAUAACGGCAGAAUUAUUACUUAUGGAAUUUCAAGUAGUAAUGAAUGGCAUGCAGAAUCAGUUCGUCCAAACUUACAGGGUGGUAGUGACUAUAUUCUGGUUAUUGUCACAGUGCUAAUGUUAAUGGGUGACCAAGGGAAAUUAAAGGAAUCAAUUGAUUGUUUCAAGUUGCACUUGAGCAAAUUUAGAGGAAUAUCUAGAUGUUUUGAAAUGUUUGGAACAAUAUACGGAUGCCACAUAUAUGAUCAUUAUGCCCACCAUCCGACAGAAGUGCGUGCAGUUCUUCAAGCAGCACGACAAAGGUUUCCAGAAAAGACUCUUCUUGUGGUAUUCCAGCCUCAUACUUGCAGUGGCUUGGUAGCUUUGAAGGAUGACUUUGCCACUGCAUUUAGUGACGCAGAUAAAGUUGUGAUUACAGAGGUCGAUGCUGCCAGAGAAAGAAACAGUUGGAAUAUUACUGGAAGGGAUUUAGCUGCUUCAAUAGUUAGCCCAUCAACCGAGUAUAUCUCCUCUUUGGGGGAUGUGGUUGAUAAGCUAACGGUUGUGAUAUCAAGAGACCCUCUUCAUGAAACUGUCAUUUUAACACUUGGAGCAGGCGAUGUUACCACUGUAGGUCCUAAAUUGCUUCAACAAUUGCAGAAUAUGUUACGAAACUAAAACUCCUCACUUGGUCCAUGCUACUGCUGCAUCGGCAUUACACAACACAAUUGGGAUUUACUGCCCAAAUAGCAGAACUUCCGGCAAUGUAAAUGAUCUGAAUAUAAGCAAACAUCAAAAGAUGAUGUAGCUUUUUAAGACCGGAAGACAUUCCUAUAAGACUAUCCUAGAAGAAAAGAGUCCAUAGCAUUCUGUGUGGCAUAAGGGCUUAAAAAUUGCAGGGUCCUUUACUGGAAUGACAACGCAGCAGCCUCGAGGAUACGGCAUUCCAUGAAAAUAUCACCGCAGGAUAUUUGCAGGCAUAACAGCAAGCUAGCAUUUUGAAGUCAGCAAAUUAGCAGGAAAUCUCCUAAAGCCUGGUAAGUGAAAACUUUAGAUCCCUCCGUUGCCUGAAAUCAAUUGGAGUAGAGUGCAAUUAUACCAAGAUGGUUCACAUAUGAGCAUCUUUAGAACAGAUUGGCCAGGAGAUACAAAAGUGGCUCAGCAAAUGAAAGGUAUGAAGCACUAAUCUAACAGUAGAUCUCUGUCAAUUCAGAUCAUAUAUAUGAAAAGAUCAACUGAUUAGAAUAUUCACCAAUCAACAUGUCAAUCAACCACAAAACAAGCUGGAAACCGAGAAUGAAUGUAAGCUCCAAUAUCAAAAUAAAAAACCUGAAAGAAUACAGGUUCCUAUGGCCAUAUAGAAAAAGAAUGGCAUUGAUAAUCUAGCAUAGCUCAUGAAUAGGGUUGGAUUCAAAUCAAACCGGUUUGAUUUCGGAAGUUAGUUCAAUUUGGCUCAAAUUCAUUUUAUUUGAAUUUGAGGUGAAUCCGAAUUACUAGAUUUGGUUCGUUUUUUAAA